AUGUCGUUUCACUCCACGGUGUUAGGUGUCGAUGUCUCGACGAGACAUAUGGUUGGCGCCAUAGAGAGUUUUGUCCAAGGCAUCACUACAAACCACAUCAUCGGGGCACUUGGUAUCCUCAUACUUACCCUACUCGUGGCCAAAUGGGACCAAGGCGUCUUAUCCGACUCGCUACCUCAAGUAGGAUACGGCAAGGGCUUUCUGGCAACGAUACAGAACUUUCUGUUGGCCUACGCUCGACACAAGGUUUGGGUAGAAGAGGGAUACGAGAAGUACACAAAAAACAAUCAGCCAUUCAUUGUGCCCUGGGGCUUUGGUCGACGUUCUGCGGUGGUCCUGCCCCAGUCCCAGAUCCGAUGGUUGCUGGAACAAUCGGACGAGGUGAUCAGCGCAGACGAAGCCAACAAUGACUCGCUUUACGCAAGAUAUAAUUUUCUGGGCAAUGCGCAUCCCCAAGAUCCGUUUAACAAUCGCGCCAUCGGCAGGAACCUGAUCCGGGCCCUCGGUGAACUCACUCCUGGCAUGCAGGAAGAGGUUCAGGAUUCUAUUGACCGAGAGUUCGGGCUGGAUACGCAAAAAUGGAAAGGUCUCAAUAUCUGGGACAUGUGGUUGGGUCUCAUUCCGCAGAUUACGAAUCGGAUGGUCCUGGGAAAAGAUCUGGGGCGGAACUCGAAGCUGUUGAGCAGCAUGGUUGGUUUCACCGAAAGCGUCUUGCGGAAUGUCUUCCUAUUAGACUUUUUACCCCGAAGCCUCCAUCCUCUACUUGGCCCGUUGUUGGCGAUUCCCAACUGGUUUCACCAUCGCCGGGCUGUCAGAAUGACCCUUCCUGUGAUCCAAAAACGGCUCAUAGAUAUGGAGAGAAAAGCCAAAGGUGAUCCAGCCUACAAUAGCUGGACCGAGCCGGAAGAUUUCAUCACUUGGUGCAUUCGACAGGCACGGCUCGAGGGCGAUCUAACCGAGUUGAAGGCGUCUAAAAUUGCUCAGCGGACGCUGCUGAUGGAGGUUGCCUCGAUCCACACGACAGCUAUGACGGCGCAGAAUGCCAUGAUCGAUAUCCUCGCCGCUGGUCCCUCCGUGCUUGAGGCCCUUCGUGAGGAGGCCGAGCGUGUAUUCCGAGAGGAGAACUAUCAGUGGAGCAAGGCGGGUCUCGCCAAACUAUACCGAAUUGAUAGUGCCAUUCGGGAGAGCCAAAGGCGCAGCAAUUUCGCCGUCACUCUCUUGGAUCACAAGGUCAUUGCUCGCGAGGGCAUCACCCACAAGGACGAAGGAUGGCAUAUACCCUACGGAAGUACCUUGACGCUGAACUUGAAUGGUAUUUACCAUGACCCCGACUUGUAUGAAAACCCAGAGUCUUACGAUGCAUUCCGAUAUUCCCGACCUGUCGAAGAAUACGCGGCCCAGAGCGAUGGAAGCAAGGAUCCUGCUGAAGGAGAGAAAUACCGGAAGAUGGGAAUGGUCACAACCAGUGAAACCCAUCUUAUCUUCGGUCAUGGCAGACACGCCUGUCCCGGCCGUUUCUUUGUGGCGCAUGAACUAAAGCUAGCGAUUGCGUACAUGGUCCUGAAAUACGAUCUCAAGAACAUCGCAGAGCGGCCCGCCCCGACAGUCAUGGGCAACUUCAUCCUUCCUUCGUUCAGGAUCCAAAUGCAAAUUCGCCGGCGGGACAACAAUGACCGGGCACCGUCGGCCGAUAACAAGAAAAUACACCUUACCGGCGCGCAAGAAACCAUGCUGGGCACGCUCUUAGGCCGAUUCAGGGAUACGCAGCAUCCACAACCCAUUCUCAACGACCUGUGGGCGGGCCGAAUUCUGGAUCAGAUCGACUACGACUUUGCCAAACUCAAGAUGGACCGCAUGUAG